UACUGGUAGGUCGUCGAUGUCAACUGCUUAAAGGCAUUGUCCCCCUCGUAGAUCGAUAAAAGUACCUCUCGCUCCUCCUCCUGGAGUUCUGCAUCGCUCAUAUUUAUCUGCAAUCACUAUCUGCUUAUCAAUUUAUAUUAAAAUCACCAGUUCUCCUCCCUCUUUAUAAUUGACGUUGUUGGCUCUCGAGCGACGAGGAAGGGAAUUUUGAGGUUAGGACCACUACGUAAAUAAGGGUCAGUGCAGGUCAGUGGGAGAACAGCUCAGUUUGGAAUAAAACAGCUGAUGGUGCACACAGUUUAUUGCAGAUUAAUUGGUAUUUCCAAAAGUAUCGACAAUGAAGGGUUGCAGUUUUCCGAAACGCGGCCCACUGGCGGCCUACAGAGAGCGCGCCACGAUCGAUUGGAAAUCAUUAAAAUUGAAUCUCCUCGGAUCGGAGACUAUGGAGUACCAGGAUAAGCUCUAUAGAUUUAUAGAAAAGAGUCCGGAAUUCGCGAGGCCUACGAAGCCCUGUACGCUGGACGAACAUAGGAGAAGAUGCUUCAGGCAGACGACUCUUCUUUUGAAGAAUGAUUUAGUGGAGCCUGCAUCUGGUCAUUUGAAUUUUUAUAUCGCAUAUGACUCCUCACUGCCAGUGGUCACAGGCAUUCUUUAUGCCAUGGUGCCUGGGACGAUAUAUUCCCUUGGAACAGCACGUCAUUUCGAACUGAUGUCUCAAUUUCGGGAGGGCCAAUUACGAGGAUGUUUCGCAUUGACGGAAGUGUCUCAUGGAACGAAUGCCAAGGGGGUCAGGACGACUGCCACGUACGACGUUGAGUCACAGAGUUUUAUUAUUAACACGCCUGAUUUUGAAGCUGCAAAAUUUUGGAUCGGAGGCUUAGGAAAACAGGGAACUCACGUGCUCGCCUUUGCGCAACUAACGACCCCAGAUAACGUCUGUCACGGACUCCACAUUUUCAUCAUCCCUAUCAGAGAUCCAGAGACAAUGAUGCCGUUACCGGGGGUCACUAUCGGUGAUUUGGGAGAGAAAAUCGGUCUCAAUGGCGUUGACAAUGGCUACGUUAUGUUUAAAAAUGUAAAAAUACCUAGAGAAAAUUUGUUGAAUAAAAUGGGGGACGUAACACCUGGUGGGAAAUACGUAUCGCCAGUGAAAGAUCAGAGUAAACGAUUCGGUGCCUCACUUGGUGCACUGUCUCUGGGUCGAGUAAGUAUCACAAAUAUCAGUGCUACCUACUGUUCUUUGGCAAUGGUAAUCGCUACAAGAUAUUGUGCUGUACGGAAACAAUUCGGUCCAUCGGACAAUGAGGAAUGGCCGGUUAUUGAAUAUCAAGCGCUUUAUGGAAGACUGAUGCCGUGGCUAGCGGUCACGUACGCCAUCCAAAUAUUUUCGCGAGAAUUCAUGAGAAGAACUCAGGAGUUUCAAGGAAAAAUUCUCCAGGGGGACAGUGGAGAUGAUCUCGCGUCAGAGGGUCUCGAAAUUCAUGCAUUAUCUUCUGCAGCUAAACCAUACUGCUCCUGGAUAGCGAGAGAUGCUAUUCAGGAUUGUAGAGAAGUCUGCGGAGGCAUGGGGUAUCUCAAAGUGGCACGACUGGGGGAUUUACGUGCUGAUCAUGAUGCCAAUUGCACCUACGAGGGGGAAAACAACGUGUUGAUUCAACAAGCGAGCAAUUGGCUGCUAGGAUUCUCUCACAAUUUUUAUGCAAAGCGAGACAUUAUCUCUCCCCUCGGCACGAUCGACUUUCUGGUGCGUGGGGAAGAGAUCCUCAGAGACCGAUUCCGAUCUACGUCUAGUGAAGAUGCUGUAGACCCACAGAAUAUAAUCAAGGGCCUCCAGUGGUUGGUUUGUCACUAUCUCAACGCAACUCACAGACGCGUCGAGGGUCUGAAACGUGAAGGAAAAAGUCAGUUCGUCAUCCGAAACGAAUCACAAACAUUCUUUGCACGCUCUCUAUCACUAGUUUAUGCAGAACACGCAGUUUUCAAAACAUUUCUAAAUACAUUGAGCGAUGAAAAGUGGGGGAAUAAUGAGCGAAUAGUCCUGCGGAAAUUGUGUUCCCUCUACGGCGCCUCAGCACUCGAGAGAAGACUGGGAGAUUUGUAUGCUGGAGGGUAUGCCGAGCCCUCAUCGAAUAUGGACCAAUACCUGAGGGAAGGAGUAAUAAAUUUAUCGAAGGAACUUGUGAACGAGGCAGUGGCCCUUGUCGAUGUCCUAGCACCACCUGAUUUCAUACUGAAUUCACCCCUCGGCAUGUCUGAUGGCAGAGUUUAUGAGCACUUGGAGAGAUUUUUGAAACAAGACACCGACAACUUUGAGAGACCAGCAUGGUGGAAAGAAAUGAUACCGUCAAAGUUGUGAUUGAAUGAUUCUUCUUUUUUCUAUUAUUUUUUUAAUUGGUGUAGUCUUACAAUUGCCUAAAAUCAAUGGUGUAUGUAUUUUUCUAAUAAAAUUUUUACGAGUAUCUUC